AUGGCGGUCAUUGAUAUCAACUCGGAGCAGGAGCUUGACCAGGCGAUCGAGGCAGCAGGUUGGCUGGCAGGGGAGAACACGCUUGUUAUCAUCGACUACUCGACCACCUGGUGCGGUCCCUGCAAGGUGAUCGCGCCCAAGUACGACGAGAUGAGCGACAAGUACAAGGACGCUAUCUUCCUUAAGUGCGUUGGGGACACCUCCCCUGAAGCCACCAAGCUCAUGAAGCGUGAGGGGAUCAGGUCUGUGCCCGCCUUUCACUUCUGGAAGAAAGGAGCCAAGAUUGAGGUGAUCGCCGGCGCAAAUGUCGAGGCCCUUGAGAACACCAUCAAGGAGAAUCUUUGA